UCCUGCUGCAGACGCUGACCAGGCAGCAUGACGGACACGGUGAUGAGCAGCAGCGCGGACCGCUGGCAGUCCAACGACAGGCAGAGGACCGUGCACGCUGGUGAUAAAGAGCAGGGCAACUGGACGAUGCAGCCGGGCCCUGGUCCUGGUCCGGACCUGACAGAUGAAGAGAAAGAAAUCAUAAACAGCGUGAUCGCUCGAGCCGAGAAGAUGGAGGCCAUGGAGCAAGAGAGAAUCGGGCGCCUGAUCAACCGUCUGGACGAUAUGAAGAAGACCGUGUGUGGCGACGGACAGUCCCGCUGUCUGCUGUGCGGGGAGCAGCUGGGCUCCCCCGGGGUCAGCUCCGUGGUGUGUGAGGACUGCAAAAAGAACAUGUGUACCAAGUGUGGCACCCAGUGCAGCAGUCGGCCCCGCGCCGUCUGGCUCUGCAAGAUCUGCAGAGAACAGCGAGAGGUGUGGAAGAGGUCUGGUGCCUGGUUCUUCAAAGGCUUUCCGAAGCAUUUCCUGCCGUCGCCCAUGCCGUUAUCUAAAGCCGAGGCGGGAGCCCAGGAGGCGGCAGAGCGCAAAGAGCCGCCAGCCUCUGGACCCAGGCAGGCGGCGACCCAACCACAACCCCCAGGACCCGAGCCGCAGGGCCGCGCUGCUUACCCGCCUGUGGCCCCUAAACCAUCAGUUGCACGCAUAGCGACGGGCGGGGCGGGCCCUGAAGAGGCGGGGCCGGGCAGCCCGGUGGUGAUGAAGAAGACGGUGCCCGUCCAGAGCUCCAGACCUCAGCCGGCUGCUGCCCAGCAGGGCCCAGUGGCAGGAGAUGGAGCGGCAUACUCCUCUGGUGCAGUUCCUCCGGAGCAGAGAGCGCCUCUUGCAGCCAGAGAGGACCGGAAACAGCCCGUUGCCUACAGCGCUCCUCCCCCCGCCCGACAGCAACCUCCCCCAGCUGAGGAGGAGGAGGAGGCCAACGACUAUGACUCCGAUGAAGCCACCACCCUGGGCUCUCUGGAGUUCAGUCUGCUCUACGAACAGGAAAGCAACAGCCUCCACUGUAGCAUCCUCAAAGCAAAGGGACUGAAGCCCAUGGACUCAAACGGACUAGCAGAUCCUUAUAUCAAACUCCAUCUGCUGCCUGGGGCGAGUAAGUCUAACAAGCUGCGCACAAAGACCUUGAGAAACACCCGCAACCCCGCGUGGAACGAGACGCUCACCUACCACGGCCUGACGGAUGACGACAUGCAGCGUAAGACCCUCAGGCUGUCUGUCUGCGAUGAGGACAAGUUUGGGCAUAAUGAGUUUAUUGGGGAAACCCGAGUGGCGCUGAAGAAACUGAAGAUGAACCAGAAGAAGAACUUCAACGUGUGUCUCGAGAGAGUCGUCCCUACGAAGAGAACUGCCACUGCGGGCGGAGCCAGAGGCAUCUCUCUCUACGAAGAUGAGCCGGGGAAAGACGGCGGCGAGGUAGAGGAGCGUGGGCGGAUUCUGAUCUCCCUCAUGUACAGCACCCAGCAGAACCGUCUCCUCGUGGGCGUCGUGCGCUGCGUUCACCUGGCUGCCAUGGAUGCUAACGGCUACUCUGACCCAUAUGUCAAAAUAUGUCUGAAACCUGACAUGGGGAAAAAGGCCAAGUGCAAAACACAGAUCAAGAAGAGGACUUUAAACCCUGAGUUUAACGAGGAAUUCGGCUAUGAAAUCAAACACAGUGAACUGGCCAAGAAGGUUUUAGACAUCUCUGUGUGGGAUUACGAUAUUGGGAAGUCCAACGACUACAUCGGUGGCUGUCAGCUGGGCAUCACUGCCAAAGGAGAGAGGCUGAAGCACUGGUACGAGUGUCUGAAGAACAAGGACAAGAGGAUCGAGCGCUGGCACACCUUGUAUAGUGGGAAUCACGUCACUAGUGAUUAACCACUCGCACUGCACACAUACAGCAUGAGCUAAAACCUCCCCACUUAGUUUGCAUUGCAUUUUUCUUUCCCCAUUUCAUUGUGAUCUCUAUUCUUUCACUAUCUGACCAUCACACAGGCUUACUGGCCUCCCUUCCCCGGAUGUAUACUCUUCUUUCCUGUCCCCUUAUUAUACAAUGUCUCUGCCUGUGCUGACACUUAAAGGGUAACAUCGUUUUUUUCCAACCUGAACCCUGUUUUAUCAUGUUUUUGUGUCUAAGUGACUGAUGGGAACAACAUUUUUUUAAAUCGGUCCAGCAUUAAGUUAGACCGAAGAGAAACAAGCUGCGCUGUAACGUUAAUGUGCAAAAUUGCGUCAAUCUCCGUCCACUAAAAGUUCUGUUUUUGCCGCUGACAGACUCAGAUUAUUAUUUAAGUGUCUGACAACAUUAUGAAAGGAUCCCUACAGAGAUAGACCUUUUAGUUAAAGAGUAAGAUCCUUUUAGUUUAACAUGAAACAGCCCCGAAAUCACCAUCACCAAACUACACCAGACUCCAUGUAAAUAAUCAGCACUUUUAUCAUCGUAAA